UAUAAAGGUAGAUUUUGGAUGAAUAAUUUUAUUGAAGGAGUAUAUGUAUUGAUAUAUGAAUCUUUAAUUCAUAUUUCACAGUGGAUAUGUCUUCGGCCAACACAUACAAUAAUAAUAACAGAUUUUUGGGAAAUUAUUUGACCUCAGUCGAACUAUGUCAGGAAAGGAAAAUCUAUCUCAACAAGAUUUGACCACCUCGACGUUUUCUGUCUCUUCAAACACUUAUAGUGGUAAAAGUAAUGGAAAAGCGGGAAAGAGCGCCACUCGUGCUAUAUUAUGCUCUCUCUUCGUUUGCCUCCUUGCCAUAAUUGCAUUAGCUGUAACCCUAGCGAUUGUUGUAACAAAAAAGAUUGACGAUAAAAAUGAAAUUCCUAAAGCUACUCCAGAACCUGGAUCUGGGUCUCAAACCGGAGACGGAAGUGGUAAUUGUCCGGAUACAGGCAAUACAGGAAGUUCAAACGAACUUUGUACCACACCAGACUGCGUAAAAGCAGCUUCUAAUAUGAUGAAAUCCAUGGACAUGUCAGUCGAUCCUUGUGCAGAUUUCUUUGAAUACGCAUGCGGAGGAUGGACAAGAUCUCAUGUUAUUCCGGAAGACAAAGCCGUCUUAGGAACUUUUUACACACUCAGGGACGACGUUGAUGUAAAACUGAAAGCUGUGUUAGAAGAACCGAUUGCUGUUGGAGAAUGGGUAGCAAUUACUAAAGCUAAAAAUUAUUACAAAUCUUGUGUUAAUCUUACUGCCAUUGAAGAGAUGAAUCUAACAGACCCAAUGGUUACAGUAAAUGAAUUAGGAGGAUGGCCUGUCGUAUCAACAAGCUGGUCUGAAUCUUCAUUUGAUUUGGUAGAUGUUUUACUCACAACCAGAAAGUACACCAACAGUCCUCCAAUAUUUGAUUCAUAUGCUUACACUGAUUCUAAAAAUCCAGAUGCUCGUAUUCUGUAUGUUGACCAACCAGGGUUCGGGAUGCCUAACAGAGAGUAUUAUUUAAAGGGAAGAGAUGAUAAAACGUUACUGGCCUAUGAAACCUUUGCUACAGAAGUGGCUGUUAUGUUUGGUGCUGACGAAGCGCAGGCCAGAAAUGACAUGAAAGAUAUGGUCGACUUUGAAAUUAAACUUGCGAAUAUUUCAUUACCAUCAGCAGAACGACGGGAUGAAGAUAAAAUGUACAACUUGCAGACUAUACAAAGUAUAACGAAUUCGUCCCCAGCGAUUGACUGGAUGAAAUAUUUUACAAAUCUGUUAAAGAUUAAUGAUUUAAAUAUAGCAUUAGGUUCAGGAGAAAAAAUAAUCAACAGAAACCCAGAAUAUUUACGCCUUUUGUCCGGUAUAUUAACAGCAACACCAAAAAGAACCAUCGCAAACUACAUUGUAUGGCGAUAUGUCAAACGGUUACCUAACGCCCUGCCAGAACGUAUCCGUGAUAUUCAGACAAAAUACCGCAAGGCACUAGUAGGAACCGCUCAGGUGGAACCACGAUGGAAAACGUGUGCUGGUGCAGCAAACUCUAACUUUGGAUUAGCUGUAGGAAAUCUUUUCAUUGAAAAAUAUUUUGGUGCUGAAGCGAAAGUUGAUGUUGAAAACAUGAUAAAACAACUACGCGUGGCCAUGAAAGAACUUAUACAGAGUAAUGACUGGAUGGAUAUGGAUACCAAGACUGUAGCAAAAGAAAAGGCUGAUUAUAUAAACCCAAGAAUUGGAUACCCAGAUGAGGUAGAUUUAGAAUCGAAAGUGAACAAGGAAUACGAAAGGAUACAUGUUACUAGCGAUGACUUCUACAAGAACACCCUUAGUAUAUGGAUUAAUGGUGUUAUUAAAAACAUAAAGGACCUAAGGGAACCAGUUGACAAAAACAAAUGGAGCACUCCACCAGCAACAGUUAAUGCAUUCUAUGAUCCACAAACGAAUCAGAUCAUGUUUCCAGCGGGUAUUCUUCAACCACCUUUUUAUCACCGAAACUAUCCAGAUUAUCUUAAUUAUGGUGGCAUUGGAUAUGUGAUUGGACAUGAAAUUACUCAUGGAUUUGAUGACUCAGGGAGAAGGUAUGACAAACAUGGUAAACUAAACCAAUGGUGGACCAAUACAGCUAUAAACAACUUCAAAGCUAAAGCUGAAUGUAUACAAAAUCAGUACGGCAAUUAUACUGUGACGGCAGCUAAUAUGAAGCUAAAUGGAAAAUUAACACUUGGAGAAAACAUAGCAGAUAAUGGUGGAAUAAGAGAAAGUUUUAAGGCAUACAGAAAACUGGUUGCUACCAAACACAAGGGGAAAGAAGAAAAACCUCUGCCGGGAUUGGAAUUUUCACCAAACCAGUUAUUUUUCUUGAAUGCUGCACAAGUAUGGUGUGGAAUCAUUAGACCAAAAGAAGCAGUAAGAAGAAUCCUUGUAGAUUCUCACAGUGACGCUCGUUCUAGGGUUGUUGGACCUCUACAGAACUUUGACGAAUUUUCCAAAACAUUUAAUUGCCAAGCAGGAUCCUACAUGAAUCCUGGAAAGAAAUGUGUGAUUUGGGGGUAAAGUUUGAUUGAUGAUCAGUACCUUCCAGAACAUUUUGAGUGAUUAUCGAAUUCUAACAUUAGUCUGCGAAAAAACAUUCAUAUGGUCUGAUUGUUAUUUUGUUUUAUCAUUUUUAUAUUUUCAUACAUAGCUAAUAAAUUUCACAUCUAUUCUUGCAGUUGUAAACUUUUUUUAAUGCGAUUUCAAAUGUGAUAUCGCGUUUCCUCAGAAAUUCGGGCCAAUAAUUUCUUAAUUAUGAAAAAAAGAAAUCUUUAAUGUAUAUAUUCAUAUUUAUAAAUGGUAUCUAUUCCAUACUUUUGAAACUUAAUUCAUUUUUACAAAAUAUAUGAAUUUCCGUUUUUUUUUUAAACCUAUUUGACAUAAGAUAUCAGAGUAUCAAAUUUUCACUACACGUUUAUACGUAAGAUUUUGAAUUUGAAAAUGCGUUUCCAAUUUUCAAUAUGCCUUACUUCAUAUUUUGAUACUAAACAUUUUCAUAUCUAUAUAUAUAUACAUAUAUUGUGUGCGUUUUAUAUCCAUAUGAUAGGGUCUUUGCACUUAUACUGAGGAUUAUUGCCCUGGGCUUGCAAGUGCAGUAUGAUAUACUGAUUGGGACAAUAUUCCUCAAUAUUAAUGCAAUAACCCUUUUAUAAUGAAGUACCAAAUAUUGCAGUAGCAUUGACGAAAUAUCGUCUAAUAUCUGCAUUUGUAAUGUCUGACGUAAAGAGACAAUGUCCAUAUAAGAAAAAAAGAAUGGAAUGCCAAUUCGGUAAAAAUGCAAUAUUUGUAAUUCGUUGGGAAAGCUUCUCGUUAAAAUUGUUAUUAUAAAGGAAGAUCAGUAAAAAUAUAAAAAAAUAUUGCAGUUUUAUUUUACAAACAAAUCUAUUUGAAAUAUUUGAUGCUAUAUUAUAAUGUUUAUUAUUCAUAAAAGGAGUAUAAAUGAUAAUUAAAACAAAUAUGAUGCAAAAGUGACAAAUUACCUUUCUUUUAAUGAUUGCAUUGAUUACAUAUAAUGUAUAAGUCCCAUGAUUAUUAUUGAAUAAUUUGCUGUAAAUAUCCAUUUAUCGUGAAUGUAUUGUUUUUAUCCUACAAUCUACAUUUCUUCUAUACGAAUAAAGGAGUACAGAUAACAUAAAGUGAUAAACAUACAGUAUACGUUUUUAGUCUUCUGAACUCUCGGUCAUUAAACUGUACUCAAAUAUCGUACUCGAAACACCAAAUCCAGUAUUUUGAUUGGUUGCAAUCUGAGUCUGAGUACGAUAAUCGACCUCGAUAUUUUUAUGACCGUAGGGCUCUCGCUUCUGUUGUUAGCGACCGAUUACUAUAUACAAAUUACUGUUUACGUCUCAGUUCAAUUUGGGGUCCUCAUCGCGGUCCGCGUUAAGGUCAUGUUGAUUUCAUUCGAAAACAAAUCGAAAGGCUGGGAAGUGAAAAAAAAAACCAAAACAAUAUACGUUUAAGCGUAAAUGUUAAAUUGCAGGAUAAAAACAAUAUUCCAACAUUGUAAGAAAAUAUACAGUUAUUUGUACUCGCUAAGAAACAGGAGAAAAGCUCGGCGAUCCGCACAUUUAUAUCUUUCUAAAGCUAAUACAAAUUAAUUGAAUAUUUGCCUAUCAAUGUACGAAUAUUGUAUAUGUAAUUGCUGAACAUAUCCAAGAGUUUAAUUAAUAAUGACUAAUAUUUUAUAAACAUAAACUAUUCAAUGUUCUGUAACAGAUCUGAUAUUAUUUGUUAACAUUUUUGUUUAAAUAAAUUAAAUCUUUUUCAAUUUGU